CUGAAUUUUCAAAAAUGCGCCUAUUGUGGAGCUGUAUUUUCGUAUUUAAUUUUCUUUACGUUCUGCAGUACGUCUCUUGCAUAGACUAUAGUCCUAUUGUAACAAUACCUGAUGGACAAGUAAGAGGUAUAGAAAACCAAACCAUUGGUGAAAAUAGAACAUAUUAUGCCUACAGAGGUAUACCAUAUGCCCAGCCUCCAGUAGGAGAUCUAAGAUUUGCUGCACCAGUUAAAAAUGAUCCUUGGUCUGGUGUUCUAAAUGCCACUGGACAAAAUGAUGGAUGUACUCAGAUGAGCUCAGGUAUUGCAAUAAUAGCAACAGUAUCUGACGUUACCGGAUCAGAAGAUUGCUUGUAUAUUGACGUAUAUACAACAGAUUUAAACUCAAGUCUUCCAGUAAUGGUGUGGUUCUUUGGAGGAGGAUUCAAUACCGGUUCAUCAAAUUCUACAGGACAGCCCGAUUAUUUUCUUGAUAAUGAUGUUGUUUUUGUAUCGUUCAAUUAUAGAUUAGGAGUAUUUGGAUUUUUAAGUACCGAGGAUGACGUUAUACCAGGAAACUGGGGACUGAAAGAUCAAGUACUAGCUUUGAAAUGGGUUAAGGAAAAUAUAGAAUAUUUCGGAGGAGAUUCUGAAAAUAUUACAAUAUUUGGUCAAAGUGCUGGAGCUGCGUCUGUAUCGUAUAUGAUCAACACGAACUUAACUGAAGGUUUGUUUACUAGAGCUAUAAUGGAAAGCUCUUCCAGUUUGUGUCUCUGGGCUCUAACGCGAGAAGCAGAAAAUAAGGCGUUCUUUGUUGGCACCCAGGUUGGAGUUAUUACAACCGAUUCCCAAACUUUAUUAGAUGCAUUGCGAGAAGUGGACUACAAAAAGUUAAAAGUAGCUGAAAAUACAGUGACUAUAGCGACAUUUGCAAUCGGAAAUAUAUUGGCGGGUUUACCAUUUGGACCAGUCCAGGAACCUGAUAGUUCAGAAGCUGUUAUUUCUGGUCGAAGUUACGAAAUACUGGAAUAUGGAAAUUACAAUAGUGUGUCUACCCUUAUAGGGUUCAAUUCAAACGAAGGGGGAGCGUUUGAGCAAUAUGUUGCCAUAGCAGCUUUGAUUCUCCUGGAAUAUGAUCUUCAAUUGUCGAGAUUCGCCCCUUACGAUCUAACAGACAAUGACGAAACGAAAACAUUGGUAGGGACUGAAAUUAGACUUCACUACUUUGGAGUGGGACUGAUUAGUUUGCAAGCUUCAAAUCUCAUUACGUUCGCCGAUGUCGACCAGUUUGUUAGACCAAUUCGAGAAACGGUUAAUUUAAUGUCUCAGUAUGGUGAUGUUUAUUAUUAUGAAUUUUCCUACGAAGGAGAUUUAGGAAAUUCUGAUCGUGAUUUCGAAGGUGUCGGUCAUGGAGAAGAACUUAACUAUUUAUUUUAUACUGGUGCAGAAGCAGAUGAUGAAGAUCAACUAACGCGAGAAAGACUAGUCACAUUAUGGACGAAUUUUGCAAAAACGGGAGAUCCUCUAUCAUAUGACUAUUAUGGGGUACUUGAAAAUGUGACAUGGAUACCGAACACUGCCGACACUAAUACAACUGAGACUGUGUACUACUUAAACAUUAACGAUACACUUACUUUAGAAACUAAUCCAUUUCAAACCGAUUGGGAGUAUUACGAAGAUAUUUAUGAAACAUACGGAAACGAAUCUUAUUACACAACAUAUUAAACUGUCAUUACAUUAAAAAUUAAAACAAAUAAACAUAUUAAUAAUAAAA